AUGCCUUACAAGCUUCACGGCCGAAACGUUCUCAUUGUUGGCGGUGCGAGGGGUCUUGGAGUUUCUAUUGCCGAGAAAUUUGCCGCAGAGGGCUGUAAUGUUGCAAUCAACUAUCUCUCGAGUCACCAGCAAGCCGAUGACCUUGCUUUGCGACUGGAGAAGGAUUACGACAUCAAAACAACCACAAUCCAAGGAGAUGCAGGUAUCCAGGCGGAUUGUGUUAGGUUGAUCCGAACGGCAAUUGAAAAGUUCAAAGGGCUGGACAUCAUUAUUUCUAAUGCCGGGUGGACACGAUUUUCCAAUUUUGAAGAUCUGUAUGCUCUAGAUGAAAAUGAAUGGGAUAAGGUAAGACGAAUAAACUCUACGUCGGAUCUGGGGUCUAAUAUAACUUACCCAAAGUGCUGGGCAACAAAUGUCAAAAGCAAUCUGUUCUUAUUCAGAGAGGCUCUACCGACGUUCAACGCGAAUGAAGAAGGUGGUGUUUUCAUCACAACUUCAUCUAUUGCUGUACGACUCGAAAUAUACCCCUUUGAGGAGAAUGACAAAUUUUCUGACCGAUACUUCCAGGGCAUCACUCCUAGUGGUAGCAGCAUGGCGUACUCAGCAUCACAAGGACCUAAGGUCCGCAUCAACUCAGUACUGCCCGGAUUACUGUUGACCGAGUGGAUUCUCAAGGGCCUGCAAUACUCUGCCGAGCAGAUCCAGUCAUGGACGGAAAAAUCAGCCCUUAAGCACGAGGUCAGCUCAAGACUUUUAAGGCUCGUCUUGGAAUUCCCCUUGAUUAAUACGACUAUCUAG